AUAAAUCUUGCCAAGAUUCUUCCCAAAAUUCUCAUAGUAAAUGUUAACAAGAUUGUUGCCAAGAUUCCCGUGGUAAAUCUUACCAAGAUUGUUGCCAAGAUUCCCGUAGUAAAUCUUACCAAGAUUCUUACAAAGAUUCACGUAGUAAAUUUUAGCAAGAUUCUUACCAAGAUUAGCGUAGUAACUGUUACCAAGAUUCUUGGCAAGAUUCUCGAAGUAAAUCUUACCAAGAUUCCCGUAGUAAAUCUUACCGAGAUUCCUCCCAAGAUUCUCCUGGUAAAUCAUGCAAAGAUUCUUGCCAAUGCAAGAUUCUCGUAGUAAUUCUUACCAAGAUUCUUGCCAAGAUACGCGUAGUAAAUCUUGCCAAGAUUCUCGUAGUAAAUCUUACCAAGUUCCUACCCAAGAUUCUCGUUAUUAUUUUACCAAGAUUCUCGUAGUAAAUCUUACCAAGUUUUUUGGCAAGAGGUUUGUAGUAAAUCCUACCAAGAUUCUUGCCAAGAAUCCCGUAGUAAAUCUUACCAAGAUUCUUGCCAAAAAACGAAUAGUAAAUCUUGCCAAGAUUCUAGUAAUAAAUCUUACCAACAGUCUCGUAGCAAAUCUUACCAAGAUUAUUGCCAAGAUUCCCUUGGUAUAUCUUAGCAAGAUUCCUACCAAGAUUCCCGUAGUAAUUCUUACCAAGAUUCUUGACAACAUUCUCAUAGAAAAUAUUACCAAGAUUCUUACGAGGAUUCUCAAAAUAAAUCUUACCAAGAUUCUUGCCUAGAUUCCCAUAGUAAAUCUUGCCACGAUUCUUGCCAAGAUUGUCGUAAAAAAUCUUGCCAAGAUUCCCGUAGUAAGUCUUACCAAGAUUCUUGCUAAGAUUCUCCUUGUUAAUGUUGCCAAGAUUCUUGGCAAGAUUCUCGUAGUAAAUCUUCCAAAGAUUUUUGCUUAGAUUUUCCUAUUAAAUGUUGCCAAGAUUCUUGCAAAGAUUUUUGUAAUAAAUCUUACUAAGAUUUUUCCCAAGAUUCUCGUAUUAAAUCUUGAUAAGAUUCUUGCCAAGAUUCACGAAGGAAAACUUACUAAGAAUCUUGCCAAGAUUUUCGUAGCAAAUCUUAAAAAGAUUCUUGCCAAAGUUCCCGUAGUAAAUCUUACCAAGAUUCUUGGCAAGAUUCUCCAAGUAAAUCUCACCAAGAUUCUUGCCAAGAUUAUCGUAGUAAACCUUGGCAAUAUUCUUGCCAAGAUUCUCGUCGUGAACCUUAACAAGAUUAUCGCAAAAAACUCUAGAAGUAAAUCUUAGGAAGAGUAUAGCCAAUAUUCCCGUAGUAAAUCUUACCAAAAGUCUUGCCAAGAUUCCCGUGGUAAAUCUUACCAAGAUUCUUGCCAAGAUACUCGUGGUAAAUCUUCCCAAGAUUCUCGUAGUAAAUCUUGCCAAGAUUCUAGCCAAGAUUCCCGUGGUAAAUCUUACCAAGAUUCUUGCCAAGAUUUCCGUAGCAAAUUUUACCUAG